AAUCUUGAUAUUUCAAAAAAUGCAAGAAAAUGCGGCUGAUGUGGCCGAAAUUGUAAUUGUGACGUUGUUGCGAAGACAUGUAAAGUUUUUAUAUUGUGGUUGUAAUUGCUGUAGCUAAGGACAAAAAAAAUGUAGUUUGUUAUUUGGCAUAUAAAUUACUAUAAAGCGUGCUCCUUUAUGUAAGGGAUCAUUUUAUGAGGUAAUGUUGUACUUGGCUAGGGAUUAAUGUGAUGGCUGGAGUUGGGCUUCUAUCUACACCUGAUACUGUGAAACAAGCUGGGUGGGCCAGUAUGUUGGUGAUGGUUAUUUUCGCAGUUGUGUGCUGUUAUACAGCAGAACUAAUGAGACAUUGCUUUCAAAGCAGAGAAGGCAUCCUUAGCUACCCAGAUAUAGGAGAAGCUGCAUUUGGAAAAUAUGGCCGAGUUGUUAUAUCAAUUGUUUUGUACACCGAAUUAUAUUCAUAUUGUGUGGAAUAUAUCAUCAUGGAAGGCGAUAACCUUACUGGUCUUUUUCCUGGAACGUCCUUGCAUUGGGGAGGUUUGGAUUUGGAUGGCAAGCACUUAUUUGCAAUUUUGACUGCACUUAUUAUUCUCCCUACUGUUUGGUUGAAGGAUCUUCGUAUAAUCUCCUAUCUCUCAGCUGGAGGGGUUAUUGGUUCAAUGUUGAUCGCUAUUUGUGUUGUUCUUGUUGGGACAAGAAAUGAUGUUGGAUUCCAUCAGACUGCUCCAUUCGUAAAGUGGAGUGGCAUUCCAUUUGCUUUUGGUAUCUAUGGGUUUUGCUUUGCAGGACAUUCAGUUUUUCCCAAUAUAUAUCAGUCUAUGGCUAACAAAAGAGAAUUUACAAAGGCAAUGAUCAUAUGUUUUGUUUUGCCCAUGUUUUUAUAUGGAGGUGUUGGACUGGCGGGAUAUCGCAUGUUUGGUGAAAAGACAUUGUCUCAGAUAACAUUGAAUCUACCACCAAAUUCACUUGCUUCCAAAGUCGCUUUGUGGACUAUAGCAAUUAUUCCGCUAACUAAAUAUCCUUUUUCCCCCAUUGUCGUCGGAGCUGGCCGAAAAACGCAUUGGAAAGCGGAGGCACGCGGCGGCUGGUUCGAGGAGAAACUGAUUGUGGAUAGUUGUUGCAAAAAUGAGAUAAGGUUAGAGACGGAUUGUUAUUUCAGUGGUGAGGGUUGUUGA